CUCUCCAAACAGAACCUUCUCCUUUCUACACAAUAAAAUGUGGCUGAGAUAAAAUACCAAUUCGAGGACCUGCUCUGUUCAGAAGGGCAGAGAAAGAAGGAUCUCCCAGACCCAAUUCCCAGAACCCAGAUUCUGCAAGGAAGGUUGGAAAAGCAGGGAAAAAAAAUUAAUAAAUUUUCGAAACAAGUUGGGUUUGUGGGAGAAUUGAGAUUUGAAAUUUUAGAUUUGAGAUCCUUAUUGUGCAUGUGAGGAUUCUUAACAAUUAAGUAUCAAUAAUUUUUUUUUACAGAUAUUUACCGUUUCUUGUGGAAGACUUUAUUAUAUAUAAGGAAGAUCAGGUCACUUAUGGAUUGUCUACAUAGCCCAACAGAUAAUUCUUCUUCUGCUACAGCGUCGUCUUUCAUGGAUCACCUUUUGGGUCUUCUAAGAAUUCGUGUCAAGCGCGGCAUCAAUCUGGCCAUUCGUGAUGUUCGCAGCAGCGAUCCUUAUGUAGUUGUCAAGAUGGGUAAACAGAAACUGAAGACUCGUGUGAUAAAAAAGAACGUUAAUCCUGAGUGGAAUGAAGACUUAACUCUCUCUGUUCAAGAACCUAUUGUUCCAGUCAAGCUU